AUGAAUCUCUUCACACCUGUUGGUGGACUGGGAGGCACUCAUGUCACUUGGGAAGAUAUCGAAGAAGAUUUGCAAAGGGAACUGAACACUGUGGCUACUUUUGGUCCGAACAAGACUUUUAAAACUGUAGGGGAUGGAAGGGGUUUUCUGUCCAGAGUGCUUCUUAUCGAUCCUGAUUGGCAACAUAAAGACAUGGAGCUACCUGAAAAAUUCAUUGUCAAGAUUGCUAGUCAGCUGGCCAUGCUCGAGCUAACAGGAGAAUUUGCGAAGAAAGGAGAUAUCGAAGAUUCAUUUAGCAAACCAGAGUUUAUGGCAGCUUUGGAAUACCAGCAAAAGAAGCUUCACAACAACGAAGUCAUUUUGUAUGAGCAUCUGAAGAGGAUUCCAGAAGGGAAGCUCCCUAUGAUUAAGAUUUUCAGCACUAAGAAAUUUUCGGAACACAAUCCGGUUAAAGGAUAUAUUGUCAUGGAGUUUGUUGAAGACCUAGUACCAUUGCAUGUAUUCAACAAUGUUCCUCCACACUCUCUCAGAAAGGCUCUUCGAGCCAAAGCGGUCCUAGAAGCCAUGUCUCUAGACUUUAGCGAAGAGGAGAAAAAUGAGUUCCUAACGAAUGUUUACAGCGAAUUGUUUGGGGCAAUCUUCAAGAAAGAGAUGUUCGCAGACAUGGUAAAAAUAUUUCAAAAUUUUGCUUCGGGCAAAAUGGCGGAUAAAGCAACAAAAAUGGGCAAACUGCUGCCAGAGAUUGUGGAUUUACCAUGGGCUGAUCGAUUGGCUGACGAAAUGGGCAUGGAGCGUGUUCUCUGCCAUGGGGAUUUGUGGUCAACCAACAUGUUAUGGAAGCAAAACGGAGGGGAAUUGGAUGUGGUUGCACUCAUUGAUUAUCAGACAGCUCAUAUGGGAUGCCCUGCUGUUGAUCUUGUGCGACUGUUUAGUGCAUGUCUUAGUGGAAAAGACAGACAAGAGCACUGGGAGGAGCUCGUCGAAGAGUUCUAUGGUUACCUCAAAGAAGAGGUUGGCAACAAAGAAAUGCCUUAUACACUUCAGCAGAUCAAGGAAGCAUACCUUCGAUUUAUGCCUUUAGGCAUAUUCAUGAUAGUAACUGGAAUUGGUCCACUUUACGACGUGCUCUGCAAAAAUCCUAAUGAGGAGCAGAGACAAAAAGGCUUGGAUUUGGUCGUUGAGAAAACAGAAUGUCUCUUGGACGACGUGUUUUUCUAUCAUGAAAGGAACAAGAAUCUUACGAAACACACUUGA